GCAACACAUGCAAAUCACAUCAAAUACAAGAAUAUAGUCUUGCAUUAUUAUAUUUUUACAUUAACCUUACAUUCAGCAUUAAAAUAUUAACUAUUAUAAUGUGCAUUGCGGAGAUGAUGUAAAGUGCAUGAUAUGAUUGCAUAUUAAAUGCAGUGACACAAAUGCUGUUCCUGCGAAUGUGGUGAAAUAUUUAAAGUCAUACUAAGAUCAGCUCAUUCUCACUCUGCCACAAUGAUGAUGGAGACUCUGCUGCUGAUGGUUCUCCUCACACACGCUGCAGGAACUCAAGACAUCCAUACAGUCAGUAAAAUAUCUGUUCAAAAACAACAAACGAUCACAAUCCCUUGUUUAUAUGAUCAAAAAUACGUCAAUUACCCAAAAUACAUGAGUUCUGGAGGCGUUUUCUUCUUCAGUCAUUACGUAGCACACGACAGAAUGUCUGUUGUGGAUAAUAAAACAGAAAAUGUGGUUACGGCGACACUGAGAGAAGCUGAAGUGAGUGACUCCGGCACGUACUGGUGUGCUGUUACCUUACCUGGAUACGAUGCUGCCACACAUCUUUACCUGCAGGUUACAGAAGCGGAAGCAGAGCUCCGUGUUUCCAGUCAGAGUGUGUCGGGUUAUGAGGGUGGUAACGUCACCAUCCGCUGUCACGGCGCUUCACGCUGGUGCAAGAUCAGGGGAUCCUGUGUUGGGAGAGAUGGAGGAUCUCUAGAGAGAACUGCAGUGCAUGAUGAUGGUGAUGAUCUGAGAGUGACGCUGUGGCAGCUGCAGAGAGAGGACAGUGGAUGGUACUACUGCUCUAAUGAGGAUUCACAGAUGCCUGUUCAUAUUACCGUGAUGGAGGCCCUAGAUAUUACACAGUUUACAAUUAACCCCUCUUAUAGCACCACGCCACUCAGUGCAGACAGGCAGUUUUUGUGGCUGCUCAUUCUGGGAGCGAUGCUGCCCGUUACAGUCUGCGGAGCUGUGAUGCUGAUCAAAGCAAGGAACAAGAGAAAACAAAGAGCUGAAAGCUCAAAUCUUCAUGAUGACAUGAACAAACAGCAGCUGCCCAAAGUAAAUGGAAAAAACAAUGAGGUUGCAUGUGAAAAUCUCUAUGAAUUCAUGACUGAAAAUAAACCAAACACUCAGGGAAAUGGAAAACACAAUGAGGUUGCAUGUGAGGAUCUCUAUGAAACCAUGACUGGAAAUAAACCAAACACUCAGGGAAAUGGGAAAAACGAUGAGGUUGCAUGUGAAGAUCUCUAUGAAAUUAUGAAUGGAAUUAAGCGAAACACUCAGCUGACUGCAACAGAUAAUAAAAACAUAUAUGCAUCUAUGGUCAGAAAAGUGAAAGAAUGAACAGAUAAACAGGCGUAGGUUUUUUAUAAUGUUUGUUUGUCCUUUAUGUUAAUGAGAGUGAUGCAGUUUUAUAAAAUCAGAUGUGUGUAACUCAAGUAAAUGAAUAGAGUUGACAGACUGAAUAAAACUAACGCUAUGACUGAAGUAAUGAGAA